AUGUAUCAGCGAUAUCAAGAUGCAAUGGCUUUGGUCCAAAAGUAUGGAAAACCUGAUCUUUUCCUUACGAUGACCUGCAAUCCAAAUUGGCCUGAAAUUAAAGCUGAGUUGCUACCUGGACAGUCACCACAUGAUCGUCCUGAUUUGCUAACAAGAAUAUUUCAUUCAAAAUUUGAUGAGAUGAAGAUCGACAUUCUUACAAAACAUGUACUCGGGAAGGUUCUGGCAUACCCAUAUGUUAUUGAGUACCAAAAAAGAGGCUUACCACAUGCCCACAUUGUCAUUAUUUUGGAUGAAAAUGAUAAGUUACGCACUCUUGAUUAUUAUGAUAACAUUCUCAGAGUUGAAAUUCCAGACAAGAGAUUAGAGCCUAGAUUAUACAAUGGAGUUCUGAAACACAUGAUACAUGGCCCAUGUGGAAUGUACAAUGAACGGUCCCCGUGUAUGACAAAUGGUCGGUGCAAAAGACGUUUCCCAAAGCCAUUUUCUUCAAUUACUACACUUGGAAACGAUUCAUAUCCUGUUUAUCGAAGAAGAGAAGGGGAGUCAGUUCCUUCAGAGAGGUCUGACCGUGUUGCACUAGAAGUUCGUCAAGGUCCUAAUUAUGACGAAGUACAACAGUUCAUAGAUGGACGAUGGGUUUGUGCUCCAAAAGCAUUGUGGAAAAUAUUCAAAUUCCCAAUGACCAAAAUGACUCCUAGCGUAGAACGCCUCCAAAUACAGUUACCAAAUAAGCAGCAAGUGAGGUUUUAUACGUUCCAAGACAUCACAAAUGUUUUAGGCGAUGAGUAUUAUUCCAGAACAAUGCUUACCCAAUUCUUUCAAUUAAAUGUUGAUGAUGAAACUGCAAAUUGA